UCACGUGUCUCCGCCUCUGUGCUGCUCUCCUCCUCCUCCGCUAGCUUAGCUUGCUAGCUAGCUGUAGCUCAGGUAAACAUGGCCAUGUCGCAGGCUCUGUCAGAGGAGGAGUUCCAUCGGAUGCAGGCUCAGCUGUUGGAGCUUCGCACUCAGAACUAUCAGCUGUCUGAUGAUCUCAGGAAGAACUCAUCAGAGCUCAACGUUCUCCGUCAGAAGAAUGUUGUUCUGGAAAAAGAUUUCAUCAAAGCACAGAAGGCUUUGAAUAAGAGCAAGAAAGCUCAGGAGGUGGAGGCGCUGCUGGGUGAGAACGAGAUGCUUCAGAGUAAACUUCACAGUCAAGAAGAAGACUUCAGACUACAGAACAGCACGCUGAUGACGGAGCUCUCCAAGCUGUGUACGCAGAUCGAACAGCUGGAACAGGAGAACCAGGGCCUGAAGGAAGGAGGAGGAGCUUCAUCAUCAAACUCCGCCUCCAGUCCCGUAGACGGAGAGAUGCUCCGCAUGCAGGCCGAAAACUCCGCCCUCCAGAAGAAGAUGAAAGGUGAGCUGUGAUUGGCUGCCGGUGGGGCAGGUGAACACACCUCAGGUGAAAGCUCAAGAACAGAAUCAAACGGAUUUAAAAUGCCUCCUCAGUGUUUCUAUUUAUUUUAUGAGUUGAUGAACAGAACAUUUAAUCUGAAACUAUUUUGAUGAUUGAUUUAUUAUUUUUGUAAUUUUUCAAGCAAAAAAAACAAAACAUGUUGUCUCAGUAAACAAUUUGAUAUGUUGGUUAAAUAAAACAAUCUAAAUAUAUUUGAUAUAUUUUGAAUAUAUAACAGAAUAAUUGUUACUUGCUGUCCUGUUCUUCUUUUUAAAGGUUACAUUUUUAACUUUUACACAUUAAAAUGUCUAAAAAUGUAAUUAUCACAA